ACAAAAAACAGGAAAAAAAAAAAAAAAAAAAAAAAACACGCUUCCGUCUCUCGCAGAUAUGCUCACUCACUCUCGCUAAAAAACGACGUCGUCGGACGCCGGUCAACAGAGCCGUUUUGACCGUGAAACCCUAGGGUUUGCUGCGUUUGUUUUUUUUUUUUUUUUAAGUUUCUGUUUUGAUGGCUUCUGAGGACGCGAUGAGCAAAACGACGGGCGAGUCUGCCGUUUCGACGAUCGUAAACCUCGCCGAGGAAGCCAAACUCGCUAGCGAAGGUGUCAAAGCCCCUAGCCAUGCCUUACUCAGCAUCUGCAAGUCUCUCAUCGCCGGAGGCGUCGCCGGCGGAGUCUCACGUAGUGCUGUUGCUCCACUAGAAAGAUUAAAAAUUUUGCUCCAGGUUCAAAAUCCUCAUAGUAUCAAAUACAAUGGAACGAUUCAAGGCUUAAAAUAUAUAUGGAGAACUGAGGGUAUAAGAGGAAUGUUUAAAGGAAAUGGAACUAACUGUGCUCGUAUUGUCCCAAACUCAGCUGUCAAGUUCUUUAGUUAUGAGCAAGCAUCUAAUGGAAUUUUAUGGCUUCAUCGUCAACAAUCUGGGAAUGAAGAGGCACAACUUACUCCUCUUUUACGACUUGGAGCUGGUGCAUGUGCUGGAAUUAUUGCCAUGUCAGCAACUUACCCAAUGGACAUGGUACGGGGUCGGCUGACUGUCCAGACAGAAAAUUCUCCUCACCAAUAUAGGGGAAUCUUCCAUGCUCUUUCUACAGUCUUCCGGGAAGAAGGCCCUCGGGCUCUUUACAGAGGCUGGCUACCUUCUGUCAUAGGAGUCAUUCCAUAUGUGGGUCUCAACUUUGCCGUGUAUGAAUCUUUGAAAGACUGGUUGAUUCAAACUAAACCAUUUGGACUGGCUGAAAACUCUGAGCUGAGUGUGACAACAAGACUUGCAUGUGGUGCUGCUGCUGGAACUGUUGGUCAGACUGUUGCUUACCCUCUUGAUGUCAUUCGACGAAGAAUGCAGAUGGUAGGCUGGAAAGAUGCUUCAUCUGUCCUGACUGCUGAUGGGAAGAGCAAGGCACCUCUUGAAUAUACUGGCAUGGUUGAUGCUUUCAGGAAAACAGUUCGGCACGAGGGAUUUGGAGCGUUGUACAAGGGUUUGGUCCCCAAUUCAGUGAAGGUGGUCCCAUCCAUAGCAAUUGCAUUCGUGACAUACGAGGUGGUCAAGGACGUUCUUGGAGUUGAGAUGAGGAUAUCUGACUGAAGCAAGGGAAACUUAAAGCUAUUUCUUCCAACAUUUGUGCUAAUUUUGCCAGCAGAAAGAAAUGGUUAUUAGGAGAAGGUAUUUUAUCGGGAAUUGUGUUCUUUCCAGUUAGGAGGAAUCUUUAGAAACCCACUUUUAACAUCAUGUUGAUAUUCCCUCCAGAUAUUGCCCAUUUGUCUCUAUCCAAACCCACCUUAGUUUUUAGCAUUCAUAUUCUUAUGCUAUUGCAAUAAGUAUGAUGCACUAGAUGCAUUCUGAUAUCUUCCCAGUGAAGUUAAUUUAUUACUCAUUUGUAUUUAUGGUGACCGGUUUAUAAAAUAGAAUUGCCAUCUUAGAUCUUUUGGUUA